AUGCGUUCAUCCAGCCCGCUCGCUGAUGGUGAUAUGGACGGCAUCGUAAGCGCCAUGCAGACGACCAAGCUGAAGACGGGCGAAAGCCAGAUCCAUGGCGAUGAUGGUGAACUAUUGAACGAUGCCGGGGAAAGACCCGAUAAUCAUACCAAAAAGGAGGGUUUCUCCUUCGUGCUGAUCUUCAGUGCGGUAUCUGUCACAUUCGGUGGAUCUCUGCUGGCAGGGUUCAAUACUGCUGUUCUCUCUGUGCCUUCUAGGCACAUGAAGGAGUUUUUCAACGAGUCCCACUACCAGCGAAGCGGAGAUUAUCUUGACGAGAACUCUGAGAGAUGGUUAUGGUCGUUCACCGUGUCUUUCCUGUGCAUAGGAGCGGCCGUAGGUGCCCUGGUUUCAGGGUACCCCAGCAAUAAGUUUGGAAGGAAGAAGACACUUAUGUUGAACAAUGCUUUCUCGAUUGUCGGAGCUUCGAUGAUGAGUUUAAGUUUUCUGGCACACUCCUACGAAAUGGUCAUGAUUGGUAGGUUCGUGACAGGGAUCAACUUAGGUGUAGUGACUGCUGUUGUCCCUAUGUACCUGACGGAGAUCUCACCGACCAGUCUGAGGGGAAUGGUUACUGUCAUGCACGGGAUGCAGCAGAACUUUGGUGUAUCACUCUCACAGACUCUUGGUCUGUAUGUCUUUACCGGAGAGUCAUCAUGGCCGUGGCUUAUAGGUCCUCCAGUUAUUCUCAUCAGUCUCUUCCAGCUUACUACCAGUCUUUGCUGCCCAGAGAGCCCCCGAUGGCUAUACAUCAAGAAAAAUCAACAACAAAGUGCAAUAAAAUCUUUGAGACGAUUACGAGCUUCAAAUGAUAUAUCACGUGACGUCUCCGACAUGGAUGAAGAGAGGGCGAGAGAAAAGACCCAGGAGGUGGUUGGAAUCUUGGACCUGCUGAGACUACGUCAAUCGGACUGGGGAAAACCUCUGCUCCUCACCGUCGUUUGUAACUGCUGUGUUCAUCUAACGGGUGUAAACGCGAUCUGGUUUUAUCUGGUUGAUGUUUUUCGUGCUACGGGGCUGACUGAAACACAGAUUGGUUUUGUGACUGUGUGGCUGGGAUUAGGAAAUGUAAUCGUUAAUUUAUUAUCGGGUUACUGUUUUGACAGAUUCGGUCGACGGCCUGUAAUAAUGGGAGCGCUUGGUGUCUGUAUACUAAACCUGUGUACUUUAACAGUUUGUAUGCAAUUUCAGACACACUAUUCGUGGUUGCCCUGGAUAAGCGCUGCACUGAUUGCCUGUCAUACCUUCAUGGUUAGUCUCGGUCCAGGUGCGGCUCCAUUCGUUAUUUGUACGGAGAUCUGGUCUCAGGGUCCCCGGAGCUCGGCCAUGGCGUUUGGAUCACAGGUCUAUUGGACGAUGAACUUCUUGGUGGGAAUGCUCUUCCCAACUCUGCAAGAUGCUCUCGGCCCAUAUUGUUUUUUACUCUUCGCAGGGAGCCUUGGUUUGAUAUUGAUAUAUUUCUGGUUUGAGCUGCCGGAAACUAGAAACAAAACAUUUGAAGAAAUUGCCUGUGGUUUCACAAAGAAACCAACGUUUGAAAAUAAAGAUCCACUCACAAGAUUACAUGGAGACCUUCCUUUACAAAAAUCGUGAAUAAAUUCGCUUGAAGAAGUGUGUGUAUAUCAUUCUCCAGAAACAAUGGCCCACAUCACGUGAUACUAUGAGAGUACACCAAAGGCAAGUUGAUAUGCUGACGAAGAAGGAAUAGAACAAGAACAUGAUAAACAUGGAGAUGAAGAAGGAGAGGAAGCAGAAAAAGAAGAUGAAACAAGUAUAAGGACAAGAAUAGAAAUAAGAAGACGAGGAGAUGGAGGAGAA